AUGGAGGCGCUGCGGCGGCCGGCGCUGCCCGAGGACGCGGUGCGCUACCGCCUGUUGGCGGCGGCGGCGGCGGGCCCGGGCGGCGAGGCGCUGCUGCGGCGCUGCGCUGAGCUGGCCCUGGUGCGCUUCGCCCCGCUCCUGGCCGCCUACGUGUGGCAGCGGCAGCCGUUCCGCCUGCGCUACGUGCCGCGCCGCGGCGAGAUCCCGGCGCACCUGGGCGGCACCACGGUGUUCGGGGAUAACGUGGAGGAUGAGUGGUUCAUUGUGUACCUGCUCCGGGAGAUCACUAGGGAGUUCCCGGGGCUGGCAGCCAGGAUUGAUGACAACGAUGGAGAGUUUCUCUUGAUAGAAGCUGCUGAUUUUUUCCCAAAGUGGCUGAAUCCUGAGAACAAUGAAAACAGGCCGCUGCAGCCCAGCUCCGUGCCGGGCCAGGCGCUGCCAGCGCCUGCGAGCUGCCGGCUGCUGCUGGCCCGGGGCAGCUGCGGCUCGGAGUCCGCCUGCCCAGGGGCAAGAAGCAGCAGCAGCCCCGGGCUGCUCACCAUUGUGCCCUGCAUUGCCUGCGCCGGCACGGCCGCUGUGGGUCCCUGCCUGUGCCCACGGAGCGGCUCCUGGCACAGAGAGCAGCGCCGAGAAGCUCCGGCCCCGGAGCAGGCACGAUGCGGCGCCUUGUGCCCGCACUCGGCGCCUGCAGCGCUUGGGGCUCUGAGGCACGUUCAAGUUCAUGCCGUGCCAGCCCCGAGCCGGGCACGGACACCUCCCGCCCGGGCAGCGGCCCCGAGCCCGGUGCCGCACGGCCGGGAACGGUCCCGGGCACGGAGCAGCCGCCUCCGUCCUGCCGACAGCAGCCGGGAUGAGCCAUCGCUGCCGCGGCACCGGCUCCAUCCCGGCCCUCCGGGCAAGGAGGAGAGCGCGGGCAGCCGCUCCCUCGGCGAUCCCAGCGCAGGGGGGACACGGGCGAAGCCGGCACCAGGAACUCGCCGGAACCCCCCGGCCCUCACCGCGCCCCACCGCCCGCAGCGAGCCCCGAGCUGGGGCAGCACCGACCGCGGUCCCACCUGGGCUGGAGCCGCCUCCGAGCUCCGCCGCCGCCUCGCCGGGCUCCGGGUGCGGCCGCCGCUCCGGAAUGAGACGGACGCGCCGCCGCCACCGCCCCUCCGGUCCCAGGCAGACUCGGCACGGGGCCGCUUGGGUCCCUGCCCGUGGACACGCAGCGGCUCCGGGCAGAGAGCGCAGCGCCGUCGCCGCCAUCGCGCCGCUCCUCCCCGGGGGCGGAGCGCUUUGGGCCCCGGCGCGAUGGAGGCGCUGCGGCGGCCGGCGCUGCCCGAGGACGCGGUGCGCUACCGCCUGUUGGCGGCGGCGGCGGCGGGCCCGGGCGGCGAGGCGCUGCUGCGGCGCUGCGCUGAGCUGGCCCUGGUGCGCUUCGCCCCGCUCCUGGCCGCCUACGUGUGGCAGCGGCAGCCGUUCCGCCUGCGCUACGUGCCGCGCCGCGGCGAGAUCCCGGCGCACCUGGGCGGCACCACGGUGUUCGGGGAUAACGUGGAGGAUGAGUGGUUCAUUGUGUACCUGCUCCGGGAGAUCACCAGGGAGUUCCCGGGGCUGGCAGCCAGGAUUGAUGACAACGAUGGAGAGUUUCUCUUGAUAGAAGCUGCUGAUUUUCUCCCAAAGUGGCUGAAUCCUGAGAACAAUGAAAACAGGGUGACUUUCACUCGGUGUUUAUAUGCACAGCUGGUGCAGCAGCAGUUUGUUCCAGACAGACGCAGUGGAUACACCCUGCCCGCCCCAUCUCAUCCUCAGUACAGAGCCUACGAGCUGGGCAUGAAGCUGGCUCAUGGCUUUGAAAUUUUGUGCUCCAAGAGCAGUAAAGUAGCUCCUGAUGCCAAGAGAAACGUGUUAAGCGGUCCUCUGUGGGAGAGAUUCCUCAGGAGCUUGAAGGAGAAGGAUUAUUUCAAGGGAGAAAUGGAAGGAUCAGCCAAGUACCUGGAACUGUUGCACAUGGCAGAAGAUCACUUCCAGCAAUCUGUUGCAGUGCCAGAAAGCUCUGUUGAAGUGAGCCCAGGUGAUGAAAUCUUGACACUACUACAGACAACACUCAUUGAUCUGAAGGAAUUUGAGAGAGAAGCAUCUUGUCUUCCUGCAGAGGAUGAUGACAGCUGGCUGGAUAUUACACCAGGUGCUCUGGAUCAGAUGCUGAAGGAGACAAGAAAUGAGUCUGUUCCUUCCACAAAUGAGGAGGGGCAAAAAUAUGACUUGGAAACAGUUGCUGAGAGCAUGAAGGCUUUUGUGUCCAAAGUCUCCACGCACGAAGGAGCAGAAAUUCCUUGGUCAUCUGAUGAAUCCCAUGUUACCUUUGAUGUGGAUUCUUUUACAAAAGCUCUGGACAGAAUUUUAGGGGCAGACUCAGAGGAGCUGGAUUCUGAUGAUCUGGAUGAAGAGGAGGAGUUUGGUUUCUCAGAUGAGGAUGAUGAAGAGCUGGAUGCUGGGAAUGAAGGGCAGGAGCAGAAGGUGUCUGCUGAGGAGCUCGUGGGCAGUCUCAAGGCGUACAUGAAGGAGAUGGACCGUGAGCUGGCCCAGACCAACGUUGGGAAAAGUUUCAGCAGCCACAAGAGAGGGGCAAGUUCUGUUGGAGCAGCCCCAUGUGAGAGUGCUGGCCCUGAUUCUGGAGCUGAGGCUGCUGAGCUGGCAGCCCUGGAUGUGGACAUGAACCUGGUGGCAAACCUGCUCGAGUCCUACAGUGCCCAGGCUGGCCUGGCAGGACCCACCUCGAACAUUUUACAGAGCCUGGGGGUGAAUUUACCUGAGAGCACAGAGCUCACUGGCAGCUGAGCAAGGCAGGGAGAGCCUUUGGACAGGACAUGGCUGGUGGGGAGAUGAAGCACAGACACACGAGCAGGAUGUGGAAGAAGAGGCCAAAGCAGUUCAGGGAGAGCACUGGCAGGUUGGACAGGGAUUAGAGAUGGAAACAAGAGCUGGGAAGUGUGAAGAAGGUUCUGCUGAAUUUCAAGGAAUUUGGACUGCUGAGAGCAGCUUCACAGAGGAGCCCUGCAACGCUCUGGGAGUGCUCCCAGGAGAGUUUGCCAUGGAAGAAGAAGCAUUUCCAUGCUGCCUCUUCCACUGCUUUGAGCAGGCCAGCGCUCCCAGAUGGAAAUUCCCAAGGGCACGAGGCUGGGAAGUGAAGAGCAGAGCUGUUGUGAAGGUCAAGCUCAGUUCAUUCAGAGAGAUCACACGGGUCCCUUGAGCACUGUUACAGAAAACACAUGUCCCCACACCCUGCAUGCCCAGGGCCACGGUGCUGGAUCAGAAGCACUCACCCAUGUCACAGAAGCCUGACAGAGCCGUGAACAUCCCCGGGGGAAACGAGGGCUGUCGGGCCAGGAGGCAGCGGCUCCCGUCGGACACCAGGGUGAUGACCACUGGAGACACCUGCCACGUGCACCCAAAGCAAAACAAGGGCUUCAGACAAAACAAUAUACAGUUUCUGGGAGUUCCCAUGGAAGUGAACCACAUCAGGUCCUCCCAAGGAUUAGGGAUCUCCUCCAUCCCAGUGCAUCAAACUGGUGCUGGCAGGGCUGGAAGAGGAAGAGGAGUCAUCCCAACCUAAAUCCAGCGCGAAGCGCGGCCUGUGCUCGUCUGAACAUCCGAUCAGCACCGACUUCUCCAUCCACUGCUCGGCCUCCUGCAGCUUCUCCAGAAUCUGUCUCGUUUCUGAACAGCCGGGAAAAGGGAAGAGAAAGCUGUGAUGAAAGCAAAAGCAUCUCUGGAUUUGCUCUCUGGAUCUUCAAGGCACAGGCAAUCUUGGCUCAAGGCAGAAUGCCCACGUGUGGAAGGGGACCAGACAAGUGAUCCCACACAGGUAGAAACCUAAAAUCUGGCUUUGCUCCUAAGCUCUAGGAAGUUUAGAUCAUGUCAGGCUAAAGGUCCCAAUGUUGUAAUGCCUGGGAAGCAGCUGUCCAUUGGUUUUGUCCUGCACCAGCCAAUAGCUUUCUCUCAACGAACACUUUUCCUACAUUACACCAAAAAGACGUUUGUCAGUAAGGCCUUGUUUGUUUUCCUGCCAGCCCUGUCUCUUCAAAAGGCACAGUCCCACAUGUUUACACCUGAUCACCUCAGAACAGACCAGGCUGAUACCAUGUGUGUGCCUCUGUUUCAUUUCAGCUGUGUGAUCCACCAGGUGUUUCUUUCUGGAUGCACGAUUCCUUUCUUACCUGCUGCACUGAGCUGUGGUACCAAAUAUUUCUUCCCAACUUUCUGCAGGAAGGGGGAGAGAUUGUGAAAGAGGUAGAAAGUUCCUGAGGUCUGAGCUUGUCUACAAAGGCUGUCAUCUUCCUUUAACUGAUUUAAGUAUCUGCAGUGAGAAAAUGAUUGGGAAGAUGAAUUGAUGAUUGUGUUGAGAUUCUUGCUUAUUUGGGGCCUUUAUUCUGCACAGAGCAGGAGGGGCUGAAUGGGCAGGUCAGAUUUAAGAUAUUCCACGUGCUUGGAGAGUUUUGACAGCUGAGUUACUCUUUGGUGGACUGCAACCUCUAGUGAAGUUUGUGUGGCAGAAAAUACUGCAGUUCUUACCUUCCACAUGAGUACCCUCAAGUUUAGAGAUGCAAGAAGAUCAGUAACCCAGUCUCUCAAUCCAAAAAGUCUGCUGUAAAGGCUGCAGGGAACCUUAAUCUUUCCUUUACACACCCCAAUCCCUCCUAGCUCGGAAUAUUCUGUGAAUUUGGAUGGCUCCAAAUGCUGUUUGGCCAAACUGCUGAGCACUUCUGAUGUUCAAUCUGGUUCCCAUCAGGCUGCAUGUGUUAUGUUGUACCUAUCACACUGAUGUGAGGGGCAAAAACCAAGUAUUAGGGCACAGCUGUCUGGAGCUGAGUUAGGGGGAAAAAAAAAAAGGGAAAAGGCUGUCAGCAUAUUCUCCUUCCAGGCUGUUUGGAGCAGUAUUUAAAAAGAGGUGAGCAGCACCACUUCAAGUCUUCCUGGUAUUGGAGGAGCCCUCUAGGCAGGACAGGCAAUCAUUAACAGAGCUUCAGCCUGAGAGAAGCAGUUCUUACCAGUGGUGAAGGCAGCCCAGAGGCCUUGGCUGUUACCCUUCACAGAGCUCACAAAGCAUCUAUUUCUGUGUGAUGGCUGAACUGGUAAAGGAUUAACCCCCGGGUCGGGGUGAGGUAGGGCUGCUUGUGCCAAGCUCUGGCCUCCCAGUACUCAGGAAUCAGGUAAGAACUUACCUCAUUUUUCUCACAUAGGUGGAGUGCAACCUGCAGGCGAGGGAGGAAACUCUCCUGUGCAGUGCUUGAUACACUGCAGCCAUAACCAACACUUACAGCUGGUGUCUCUGCCUAAAAAAAGAGCAUAAAAUGUAAUGCAGCAGCCCUGCAAGGUUAAGUUUGAUUGAAGAGGUGCAAUAACCAGGUAAAUCUCCCUCUCCCUCUCUCACAGCAUCUGCAGAAUCUGCUUUCUAAAAUGAUCACUUCAGUCACACUUCAAACGCCACUUCAGGCCAGUUUUAAGAUUACUUGAAGAUAACUCAGUUUGUUUCCAUCUCUGAGCGUACACAGCUCUUACAGAACUUGCUUAUGAGACUAGAUUAGACCUUCCUCUCCCAAAUCCCUGUGUCCAUGGGGAAAAAGGCAGAGAAGGUGGCUGCUCUUUUGCUGGUUUCCUACACAGUUGUAAUGGCCUCGAUCCAACCACACAUCCUAUUGCAGCACACAGUGGAUCUGUGGGAAAGGCACUGAUGCCAGGAGAGAGUGAAAGACAAAAUAUCAGCUGUGGAAGAGAAUUCCCUGAGCUAGACAGGGAACAGCAGUUGCAGCUGAGUGGGAUCAUCUCCAGCUACAAACGCUUUUUUGUGCAAAGAAUCCCAGCACGUUUUCAGCCCGGGCUGAAAGCCUGACCUCGGCUUCAGGAUGUCAAAAAUAGCCGGAGACCCGAGACAAACGUGAACUGCGGCGCACAAUCCCUGGUGGUCACUGAGAACAUUGCACUCUGCGGCCAUAGAACACAAAACCCUUUAUGGAGCAAGUCACCUUUGCUCUGUUACAGACACACGGACCGUGCCAGGAAGAGUCUGAGAGCACGGGGCAGUGAUGGCAGCCUGAGAGGUGCCAGGAGGAGUCUCAGAGCUCUUACUUCAGCACAGGGCAGCGAUGGCAGCCUGAGAGGUGCCUCAGCACAGACUUCUAUUUACACGUGGGGACUUUGCCUCGUGGCUCUGGACAUCUCCGCCCCAAAUCCCUUUUCCCACCGUCUCAGCUGAUCGGGACAAUCCCUUGGGGAAGCCACUGGGAGCAGUGGGAGCUGGGCAUGCUGGUGCCGACACCUGUGAGGACGGUGACUGCCACACAGACCGUGUCACAGAGGGUUUGGUGGGGUGACAGCCCUGUGUGUGUGUGUGUGUGUGUCGCUCUCCACCCCCGCGUCUCGCACAGCCCGCCGUGCGAACUUCCCGCCGCUGAGCCCGGAGCGCCGCCCUUGCUCCGGAACGAGCGGCACCGAUGUCCCCGGCUGGGACAAAGGGAAGGAAGAGUUUGUGCCCCGACCCGAGCGCGACAGGCGUUUAACCCCUUCCUCUCUAGGAACCACCGCGCCAGGCUUUGGCUGGGACCAUGAAAACUCCCAGACAGCGAAGCGUGCACCUCCGGAGAUUCCCGAGCUUCGGGGAACCGCAGCAGGCAGGAGCGGGGUCGGGCCGCCCUUCCCCGCGCGUUCCGCACUCACUGCGCCGUGUGCGGAAGCAGCGCUGGCCCCGGUCAGCUGCAGAUCCCGGCUGGCCCCUCCGCUGCGCUCCAGCCGCUCUUCCCGCUCCGGGAGCGCUGGGAAUUGUAGUUCUGCCCAGGCUGGAGCGUGUUCCUGGUCCUUACUUUCUCUCUCUUUUCUCCUUUUCCUUUUUUCCCCACCCCAAGCUUCUCUGGGUUUUGUAUCCCCAGCACGGGAGCGUUGUUUAAGUAAAGGACCACACGUCCUCGAAUAGGAAGAGAUGCCAAAAAUCACACGAGGCACCAUUUGUGAUUUUUUUUUUUUUUGGUGGGAAAUUUUGGAAGGAAUUUGAGAUGCGACUUUUGGAGUUAUUUUUUAUGAUUAUUUUAAAAAUUUUUUUAUACAGGUAAGGGUGAGUUUGGUUUACAUUGUU